UGUCAAUGGCGGAUUUGAUUGACUCGCACGACUAUCAUACAUACGUGUUACAACCGAAAUCUGUCAUCCAUGGUGGAUACGUGUUCAUUAUAAAUUUGAUACCUUUACACGUAUUGGUUCUCGUCCUCAUGGGAAGAUUUUCAAGUCGUCUUUACGUCGCAUAUUCAUCGUUCUAUGUCCUUGGCACGUUGAUGUCUAUGCAGAUACCAUUUGUUGGGUUUCAACCAACAAGAACAAGCGAACAUAUGGCUGCACUCGGUAUCUUUGGAUUGCUCCAAAUUAUUGCCUUUGUCGAACUUGUCAGAAGUCACUUGUCGUCAAAUCAGUUUCAGAUACUGUUUAGGGGGUUUAUCGUAUUAUCGUUUGCAGUUAUGUUUGCUGCAUUGGUAUUGCUGACGGCUGCCGGAUACAUAGCACCAUGGACUGGAAGAUUCUACUCCUUAUGGGAUACAGGGUACGCUAAGAAACAUAUUCCUAUCAUAGCCUCUGUCUCUGAGCAUCAACCCACUGCUUGGCCGUCAUUCUUCUUUGAUUUGGAAAUGUUGGUCUUUCUAUUUCCUGCUGGCAUUUACAUCUGUUUCCAAGAGCUCAGGGAUGAACACGUAUUUGUCAUAUUGUAUGGCAUUACAGCAUCGUACUUUGCUGGAGUGAUGGUCAGAUUGAUGCUUACUCUUACUCCGAUUGUAUGCGUGACUGCCGCAGUAACGGUGUCCAAGUUGCUUGACACGUACAUGGAUUUAUCAACCUUGGAUCCUGAUCUGACGUCCAACACUAAAACAACCAAAGACGAAAAAGCAAAGAAAGAUGGAGGAUCAAGCAGCAAAAGGCCGGGAGAUAACGUUAAGAGCGAAGAUAAAAAGACAACAAAGAAGAAGGAGAAUCACUGGGGAGUGUAUGGGAUAGACACACGACUUAUAGUGUUGUCCAAUUUUUUGUUUCUCUUGUUUAUAUUUGCUUGGCAUUGUACGUGGGUAACGUCAGGAGCUUAUUCUUCUCCAUCGAUUGUAUUGGCAUCAAGAACACAAGAUGGAAGUCAGUUUAUAAUUGAUGACUUUCGCGAAGCAUAUUAUUGGCUAAGGAAGAAUACCGACUACAACUCAAAGGUGAUGUCAUGGUGGGAUUAUGGUUACCAGAUUUCGGGAAUGGCAGAUCGACCUACGCUUGUAGACAACAAUACUUGGAAUAACACUCACAUUGCAACUGUCGGUAAAGCAAUGGCGAGUAAUGAGGAUACAGCAUAUGAAAUUAUGCGUCGCCAUGAUGUUGACUACGUUCUUAUCAUAUUCGGGGGUCUUCUCGCAUAUAGCGGAGACGAUAUAAACAAAUUUUUGUGGAUGGUUCGUAUCGCUCAAGGAGUGUAUCCUAACGAUGUGCAAGAAUCCAAGUUUUUCAACGCGCGUGGCGAGUACCGUGUUGAUGCUGAGGGUUCCCCCACGCUGAGGAAUAGUAUCAUGUAUAAGAUGA